GUGUUGAGUCUAUAAAUCGAGUGAUUGUCAUACACAAAUCGGGCGAUGGUCAUACACAAAUCGCAGUGAGCAAGAUAAUGUCAUCUCUAUAUAACGCAAGCGAGCUGUGUAGAAAAUUUCACUCAGAACAAGAACAUCAGUUAAAUUGUGCAGAUACAAAGUUGGGGAACUUCGCGAUUACUGUUUUGAUAAGAACUGAUUCAGUGUAUAAAUGGCAAAGGACGUGGGAGAAAUCUUCAACCUUUCAGGACCUUUCCACCUAACAUCAGUCGACUGGGGAAAUCCCGACCAUAUAAGAUCCAUUCUUGCAAGUUUUAUACAAGGUGUGAAAAUCCAACAGCGAAAUCGCAAGAAGGGCCUUGAGCCUCAUGAAUUUCCAGCUUCUCCUUGGUGGACCACCUUCAAUUUCAAGCUUGUUGACAGUCUAGUCGACACAGACGACAACUCCAUCUUUGGUGCUAUUUAUGAACUUGAGUCCCUCACUUGCAAUGCCCCGAAAUAUGUAGUUGCUUUUCGUGGCACACUACUCAAGAAGGGCACUGUGUUGCGUGAUCUCAAGCUGGACCUCAAUUGCGUGCUGAACAAUCUCCACAAAACCUCACGCUUCGAGCUUGCAAUGCGGGCCGUCCAGAACAUAGUUUCCAGAGCUGGUGGAGCUACUGAUGUUUGGUUAACUGGAUAUUCUCUGGGGUCAGCUAUUGCAUUGCUUGCAGGUAAAGAAAUGGUCAAAAUUGGCCAUCCUAUUAGAACUUACCUCUUCAAUCCACCCUUCUUGUCUGCUGGGAUCGAAAGGAUCAUCAAUAACGAUGUGCUGAAGCAAGGGAUUCAUUUCACAAUCAGUCUUCUCAAGGCUGGACUUGCAAUUGCAAUGAAGGGUACUUCUAAUCCAGAUGAGGAUUUUGUUAGAUUAUCUUCAUGGACUCCUAACUUAUUCGUGAAUCGGGCCGAUCUUAUCUGCUGUCCAUAUAUUGCUCAUUUCAAGGUCCUAAAGAAAUUGAAUGACAUUGGAGCCCGUACAAUUGGGAGACUUGCAACACGGAAUUCGAUCAGGGGUUUGUUCUCAAGUGCAACUGGGAACGACGACAGAGGACCUCUGCAUUUGAUUCCUUCAGCAAUUGUGACUACUAAUCUUGCAGAUUUUCCAAAUCCUCUAAGUGCUCAUGGAAUUAAGCAGUGGUGGGAUCCUAGCUUUCAUGGAAUCAGUUACAAGGAGGUAACUGACUCCCACUAUGUCAGAUUGCAAUCUAUGUAA